AUGCGGCGGGAACGACGCAGGCAGUGCGUGCGCACGCUUGCUGGCGCUGGCGGCGGCGGCGGCGGCGGGUGGGGCCCCGCCGGCCGCUAUCUGCCAGGUCGUCGGGGAACAGGAGUGUACGUUGUCUACCUGAGGCGUCGACGACACCUUUCCUCGAAGCCGGUCGGUUUCCCCGGUCACGCGCCACCGCUAUAUGCACUUCCGGGAGCAGCGAAGCUCAACGCCGCACCUGGCUUCCGCCUGACGCACACUGAAACCAUCGUACUGGACGAGUGCCAGGAUGCCGAUUUACACCCAGCCCUGUUUAGAAAACUACUGAGCUCUCCUGAUGUCUGCCAUCAUUCGCUGGUCAGGGGGCCAGCAGUAGUGCGACUGUACCGGAGUUCUGCGUUCCGCUGCCCUGGUACCGCGCCGCCGCCGCUGCUGCCGGACUGGGAGAGAAGGUUGCCCGGCCGCCUGCCAGGUGAUAGUCCUCUCCUUUCUCCAAGUGACGCUGAUUGGCGGCUGUCAGCCGACAGCUGCCAAGCGGCGCAUAUAAAUGCAAAGGCCAGGCCGCCCCACCGCCCCCAGCAGCCCGAUCACGCGCGCUCGCUCGCCCCCGAGUACCAGCCAGGCAGUGCCGCUAUCGCCAACUGGAUCAGGGAGCACUUGGCUUUCACAUCGGCCAGUGCGGAUCAGCUGCGUGCGGCCUUUAUCGACAAAGCGGAUGCAAUUUCGCAGAGUAGGCAAGUGGGUCGCGUCCCGCGUCGUAUCGAGCCGCCAGAGCACGUGAGCCGGCCGGCCGCCCCACCGCUUCCAUAUUUAAACCCGCCGCCGCCGCCGCCGCCGCCUCCGCCGCCGCCGCGGCUGUUUACGCCGACGGCGCGACCCCGGCGCCACCGGAGGCCGGCGUCCGGACGUGGCAGUAAUACCGAGCCGCCGCCGCCGCCGCAGCCUGCCCCGCACGUGUCUGGUGCACAGGCGCUGUGCCGAUUACCAAACAGUCCCGUCUGUUGUGUAUGCGUUGCCGGCUGCUCUCGUGACCGGAAAUGGGAGGCAGCGCGUACCCUCAACGGGUGA